GGAUUUGGAAACUAAUAGUUUCUUCCAAUCAUAGCUCUAUAUGUAUGAUUACCGAGUUUGUAGGUUCCUAUUAAUUAUAGAGUAGUUGAAAUGUCAAUCAUAGAAAGAGAGGCUUCUGUGUUUUAACUAUUACAGCAAGGGAUUAGGGGGAUAGUGAGUAAUCUAUAGAAAUGAGGUGUUUGAUUACCACAGUCAUGAAAAAUCCAUUGAAGGUUUUGAUCAGGACGAGCUUGCAUCCUAUUUUCUCUUUUCUGCUCAUCCUCACAUCGAUAUUUUCCACAGCAGGAGACAGCACAAGUACAUUUCAGUCCAUUAAUGAUAACCAGACUAUAGUUUCAACUACUGGACACUUUGAGCUUGGAUUUUUUAGUCCUGCUGGUUCUAAUAGCCGAUAUGUUGGGAUAUGGUACAAGAAAAAACCAAGUACUAUAGCAUGGGUUGCCAAUAGAGACAUACCCUCUGAUUCAUCAGGUGUUCUUCAGGUCACCGAUUCUGGAAUUCUUGUCAUCUUCAACCAUAACAAGAGCAUAAUUUGGUCCUCAAACACAUCAAGAUCUGCACAGAGUCCGGUUGCCCAACUAUUGGAGUCAGGAAAUCUUGUUGUAAAAGACGGCAAUGAUACAGACCCUGGGAGCUUCUUGUGGCAAAGUUUUGAUUAUCCAAGUGACACACUCCUACCAGGUAUGAAGCUCGGUUGGAACAAAGUUACAGGCUUUAAUAGGAUUCUUACGUCAUGGAAAAGUCCACAGGAUCCUUCUAUGGGGAAGUAUACAUAUGAGCUUGAUCGCAGAGGAUAUGGAGAAGAAAUGUUGAGGAAGGAUGGGGCUGUGCUAUGGCGAACCGGACCAUGGAAUGGAAUCCGAUUCAGUGGCACGCCUUAUUUAAGUCCAAACUCCAUAUUUACAUACCAUCUUGUUUUUGAUGAUCACGAUGAAGACUAUUAUAUUUUUUAUCUUUAUAACAGUUCAGUUUAUACUAGACUCAGUACGACUACAGAUGGGCGUGUGCAGCGCUACACAUGGAAUGACAGAACUCAAACGUGGGGAUUCCUAUAUCAAACAUCCUUAAUUGAUAACUGCGAUACUUAUGCAUUCUGUGGUCCAAAUAGUGCAUGUAGUAUUGACAGUUCCCCAGUAUGUAGCUGCUUGAAAGGAUUUGUUCCCAGAUUUCCAAAGGACUGGGACACAGUGGAUUGGUCAAAUGGCUGUGUGCGGGGGACCCCCCUAAAUUCAGCAAAUUGCAGUGCUGACUUGUUUGAGAAGUAUUCUUCUGUGAGAUUACCAAACACAGAGCAGUCCUGGUUCAACAGAAGUAUGAAUCUUGAGGACUGUAAGAUGGUGUGCCUGAAGAACUGUUCUUGCACAGCUUAUGGAAAUUUAAAUAUCAAUAACGGAGGAUCUGGCUGCUUGCUGUGGUUCGGCAACCUAGUCGAUAUUAGAAAUCAAACUGUAAAUGGGCAAGAUAUCUUUAUAAGAAUGGCUGCAUCAGAACUAGGCCUGGAUCGUGACAACGCAGUUAUCAACGCUAAAGGAUCUAAGAAAGUUAGAAUCAUACUAUGUGGUACUCUGUUGCCUACUGGACUGCUGAUCAUGGGCAUAACCCUGGUAUUAUAUUGCCGGAAGCAGCAGCACAAAAAAUAUGUGAGAAGCAACAAAAGAGAAGAUUCGGAAUUCACCUCAAGAGAAGAUAUAGAACUUCCCUCAAAAAAGGAAGAAUUUGAACUUCCAUUAUUUGACUUGGCUACUGUUGUUUGUGCCACUGAUAACUUCUCAGAGAACAACAAACUUGGAGAAGGUGGAUACGGAUCCGUCUUUAAGGGUAUAUUGAGAGAUGGACAGGAAAUAGCCGUGAAGAGGCUCUCAAAGCAUUCUACUCAAGGACUAAAUGAGUUCAAGAAUGAGGUUACACAUAUUGUCAAACUUCAGCACAGGAAUCUAGUGAAGCUUCUAGGAUGCUGCAUUCAGGAAGAUGAAAUGAUGCUGAUCUACGAAUGCAUGCCUAAUAAAAGCUUGGACUUCUUCAUUUUUGAUCAAAGAAGAAUUUACUUAUUAGACUGGCCUAAGCGUUUUGACAUUAUUAAUGAAUAUGCAAUUGAUGGGUUCUACUCGACAAAAUCAGACGUGUAUAGCUUUGGUGUUUUGAUGCUGGAGAUAAUAAGUGGGAAGAAAAACAGAGGAUUCCUUCAUCCGGGGCACAACCUCAACCUGCUUGGCCAUGCUUGGAACUUACACCUAGAAGAAAGGUCCAUUGAAUUGCUUGCUACAUCAGUAGGGGACUCCGUUAAUGUACAAGAAGUUCUGCGAACGAUUCAUGUGGGUCUUUUAUGUGUUCAGCAAAAUCCACAAGGCAGGCCAAGCAUGUCUGCUGCAGUUCUAAUGUUGAGCGGUGAAGGUUUGCUGCCUGUACCUGAGAAACCUGGUUUUUACAAUGAGAGGCUCUAUCUGAACUCCAAGUCCAUUCUUCUUCACAACGUUCAGUUAAUAUACUCACUUCCACCCCCUUCGAGCCUCGUUAAUUCGCUAACUGAUAUUUCAUGCUGGUGUAAUCUCAAUCAGUUUGUCUUUGGAGUUUGGAAUGAACUUGAAGUUAAAUGAGAGCAUUUAAUUUAUCGAGUA